AUGACCAUCAAUUCCUUCGCCUGUGCCAUGGGCUCGGAAAACGGCAGCAUCCCGUCACAGAUCGCCAAGGCUGGCAAAGCAUCAUUCUGGACUACGGAGCUGAUGGCCCUGGUUCGAAUUCCCAAGGGAGUGAAGAUAGUCAAGCCGAAGUCAAGCAUGUUCAAGAAAGUACCUCAUGUUUACAGCCAUCCAGAGACCGAUUCUACAAUCCUCAAGUAUUUUACCUGUAAGAAGGUUAAGUAUAUCUGGGAUCCAGAGAGUGGAACGUUCAGUCCUUUACAUGGCCUGGACCAGGGCUAUCAUCUGUCUUUCUUCCACAACACCACUCCACUCUCAAUAAGGGAGCAGCAAAAACGGCACGUUCUGUACGGGCCGAACGCCAUUCCAGUCCACGUCACACCCAUCAUUGUUCUCCUCUUCAAACAG